UUUCAUUAUAUUCUUCGAGAUCAUAUCAUAGAUAAAGGCAAAUUCAUAUAGAUAACUCAGCUCUGUCAUCUUCGAAUCGUGUGUAAUGCUACAAGCAGCAUGGCUACAUCGAACGCAAAUAAAAUGCACGUCAUCAUCAUUGGCUCGGGAUGCACCGGUCUUCUCUUAGCCCAAGCACUCAAGAAGAGAGGAGUAUCCUACAGUAUUCAUGACAAGACAGAUCCUGCCUUUCGCCACCGAAACUGGAGCAUGACCUUGUUCUGGUCUUUCCGAUAUUUUCCCCAUCUGCUCGGUGAGAGUCUCCAGGCCCGUAUGCACGAGGCGCAGACUCGACCUCAUUAUGAGGCGACGGAAACCGAGGAGCUAGUGCUUAGAAAUGCUGCAACUGGUGACGUUCUGAAGAGAGUGAACUCUCCUUAUGCUAUCAGGGUACACAGACAAGGGCUGAGGAGGCUGUUGCUUGAUGAAAUUAAUGUAAAUUACAACCACGAACUCUGCGAUGUCAAAUUUACGGACGAUGGGGUGAUUGCUCAUUUCACCGAUGGGACAACUGAGGUGGGUACUAACAUCGUUGGGGCAGAUGGCGGGCAGUCAUUUGUUCGACGCUUCUUGCUCGGAAAGCGCGCCGAGCCCGAGGUGUUUCCCCAAUACGAGAUGGCUAAUCUGAGUGUGGCCUACACUCACGAACAAGGCAAAUAUAUCGCCGAGACCAUGGCACCUCAUGUGGACUAUGGGGUUCAUCCAAAGGGGAUAUUCUUCAUUAUGCUCUAUAGAACGGUCGUCGAGGAAAAAGACUACUCUACUUGGACGUUCCAUUAUGUGAUCACGUUUCCUAAAGAGCUCCCAGGUAUGCCCUUCGGAUGCGAAAGCAACGCUGAGCGCCUCCGCGUCCUUAAAUCUUUUGCGGACGACUUUGCCGAACCCAGGCGAUCAGCCUUGAAAUGGAUGCCAGAAGAUCAGGAAAUCCCAAAUGAUUCCAUCAAGGUUUGGAUACCAACUCAGUGGGAUAACCAUGGCGGUCGAAUUACAUUGGCAGGGGAUGCAGCGCACGCAAUAUCUUUCCAUCGUGGCCAGGGAAUGAAUAACGCGACGGUCGACUGCGCGCACUUUGCAACAGCUGUAGACAAGAUCAGGGCAGGGAAAGAGCCAAUUGCCACGGCAAUAACGAAGUACGAGGAAGAGGUCAUCAAUCGAGGCAUCUACGAGUCAACUCUGUCUCGGAACCUAACCCUCACUAUUCAUCACUGGGAUCGCUUCCUCGAGAGCCCAAUCAUGAAGUAUGGGGGCAACCUUGCGCGCGAAAUCAAGGAGACUGAGCGUUUGAGUAUUGACGCUUCCACCACGGCGGUCCUUGAGUGCGCUGCUGUACAAAGUUGA